AUGAUGACUACAUGUUGGUGCCUCGGCCAUCAUUACUUCCGCAAGCCAGGCUACUGGCGCUCAUGGGAGGAGGCGAUUACGAAAUUGCCGUCCUCGGCGAAAGAGAUCUGGAUUGAUGUUACACCUGCACCCGCGGUUUUGCGUAACCGCCACGGCCUGACGAUAAACUCCUUUGUGCAUGAUAAGCGCACGCAGCACUUCUUGGCGAGUCACAGCGGAGUAGUCGCGAGACUGAUACGGCUUGUCAACGAGCACUAUUCGGGCCGCGUCACCAUCCGUGCAACAGGGCGAUUGAGUGAAAGGAGCACAUUCUUUAUGAAAGCACUGCAGAUUCAAACCGGCAUUCCUGUUGAAUUUGAUGGCGUCUGGAUUUCUGGCGAGGACACAGUUUUUGUGGAUAUCAAUAUCGUUGCUCGACAGAUUGCGCGAACGGGAGUGGGUAGAAAAGCUGAACGUCGAGGGGCGCCGAAUAGGUUGGCAUGGUUGCGCGACGUACGUUGGUCUAGACAGACCUCAUGGACCUAUGCAAAGGUUGCACAUGCUGGUGAAGAAGACUCUGCUAUACAAGACCUGCGCGAUUUGGUAAACUUCGCGAAAGAAGAGGGGGAAGUGGUCCUCGCGAUGGACUCGCUCGGCCGCAUCAGCACCGUUGCGACGAUGGGGCCUCAAUCUCCGCUCCUGAAGCUUCCGGGAGAGCUUCGCAACCGCAUCUACGAGCUCGUCGCCACAGAUGACGAACCUGUCCACGUCGUACGCUGUUUCGACGAUGGUGACCAAAGCGACACGAAGAGAGAAGGUCAAGACUUCAAGAGCAACUAUGCAGGACUUACGCGCGUCUGCCGUCAGAUUCGUGAUGAAUACCUUCCCAGUAUGCCUUCUGAAACGUCCAUACCCUAG